AUGCCCUUCGUCAUCUGUAAGAUUUUCAACAACAAUCCUCGUGGACUCAUCAGUCCGAUUACCAUGGACGGAAUAAGCUCUCUCGUCGACUUUGUCGCGAUGGAUGCUGUCCUUCUUCUUAGUUUUCUUAUCACUUCCACUUGUUACUUCUGGAUUGUUGCAAGAGCCAAUCCCACUCUCUCCGGGGACCAUUUCUUCAACAUAUUCGUUUCAAGCUCAUCACUCAUAGUACUCGUCUUGCUCCCUGCUCUUCUGCAGAGGCGCAAUGGGUGGUGUCUCUUCUCACAUGUGGGGCUCGGAGUACAAAAAGUCUUUCAAUUUCAUACCUCCGCUUACGAGGACGUAUGUGUAAGGGCGCACCAACAAGCUAAAACCACUAUCAGCGUUGAUCAUGUCGCUCUCAAGCUCCAUAUAGAUGGGGAAGGAACCAAGGCCGCCAUUCCGAGGUGGAAGCCGGGCUCCUCUCUGACUUUCAACAUUAACCGAGCAAGCUUUCCGGGCGAGGAAGUGUGCGAAGAGGCCACAGGUGCACUCGUGAAUGCCGCGAACGAUUGGAACACCAGUUACCUCACCGUGGCCUUUCGCAGAGUAAAUGACUUUGAGCGCGCGGUCUUUACGCUUACCUACUGUAACAUGAACCAUGAAAGCCCCACCUGUCUUGCUGUGGCUUUCAACCCGGGUUCGUGGUCCCAACCAAACACACCCCUCAACGUUUACCGCUUGGCUUUCGACUGCCAAACUUAUAUCCCGCUAAGAGAGAUGUUCUGCCACGAGCUGGGACACGUUCUCGGUUUCCGCCACGAAAAUGCAAUAAAAGAUGAGGAAAACCAGCCCUGUGUCAGCUUCGGCACCGACAACCCCGGAUCCAUCAUGCACAGCAACUACAAGGAGUGGGGCGGGGGCAUCCGCCCUACAGACCGCCUUGAUGCGAGGGCCUUCUACGAAUUUUCUCGCUGCCGCGUUGGCUCCGGCAGAAAGCGAGACCAUCCCAUUCAUCCCAUUCGCGACGUCGACCCCAAACUUUCCAUUGACGGCAUCCAUCCCGAAGUCCCCAGUAUUAAUACUGGCCCCAACGUAGUUCCUCCUCAGCCUUGCGGCAUCAUGUAG